GGGGAUAUAACGAUAUAAGAAGCAAUUUUGUGAUUAUCAUUGUCAGUUUAUCAAAAGCGUUUCGUUGGAUUUGGCGUGGUCGAAGAAUUCUCAAUAAAUCAGCAUAUGUAUUACAUGUCAUUAAAUCCUAUAAAACUACAGCAAACCUUUAAGAUUUUUACAAAAUCAUUCCGUACUAUUCGCCGGGAACAGCUAAGUACAAUGGUGAAAGCGAAGAAAUUUGUGGUAGUGAAACACUUUGAAGGAGAUCCGAAACCAACGGAUUUGCAAUUAGUCGAGGAAGAAUUACCAUCUCUUCAAAAUGGAGAGUUCCUUGCUGAAGCAGAAUAUCUUUCUGUGGAUCCUUACAUGCGUCCUUACGUUCAAAGAUAUCCAUUGGGUAUUACGAUGAUCGGCGGGCAAGUGGCGAAAAUCAUCGAUUCGAAGAAUUCAAAUUUUCCGAUUGGAAAAAGAAUUGUUGGUUAUUUUGGAUGGAGAACACAUACAGUUGUUAAUCUAGAGGAAUUCUCUGAUAAAGAUGAUGCUGUAUUACAAAAACCUUAUCUUUUACCUGAUUUUGGGGAUUUGUCACCAUCAUUAGGUUUAGGAGUUCUAGGAAUGCCAGGAAAUACUGCAUACUUUGGCCUUUUAGAGCUUUGCAAGCCAAAACAAGGUGAAACUCUUGUUGUAAGCGGUGCAGCAGGAGCUGUUGGUUCUCAUGUUGGUCAGAUAGGAAAACAUGUUCUUGGAAUGAAUGUUAUCGGUAUUGCUGGUUCAGAUGAUAAAUGUGAUUGGCUUGUCAAAGAGCUUGGUUUUGACUCUGCUAUUAAUUAUAAAACAGAAAAUAUUGCAGCUGCAUUAAGGAAAGCUGCACCAAAAGGAGUCGAUUGCUAUUUUGAUAAUGUGGGAGGAGAUAUUUCCACUACAGUUUUGUAUCAGAUGAAACUCUUUGGUCGCACAGCUGUAUGCGGAAGUAUUUCAUCGUACAAUUCUGAUGCUUCAUCUUUGCCAAAAACAACUAUUCUUCAACCAGCUAUUGUGUUCAAUCAAUUGAGAAUAGAAGGUUUCAUUGUGUCCCGUUGGUCCGAUCGUUGGUCAGAGGGUAUACAUAAAAAUGCUCAAUGGAUAAAAGAAGGAAAACUUAAAUAUCGUGAAACUGUUACAAAAGGUUUUGAAAAUAUGUUUGAUGCAUUUGUUGGCAUGUUACAGGGCAAAAAUACUGGCAAAGCUAUUGUUCAAGUUUAAGGAAAAAAUUGUAAAAAAAAUACAUUUUUAAUUAUACCAUUAUAUAAUAUAAAUG